CUUCAUCGGUGCGGUGUGUGGGCAGCUACAUUCUUAACGCCUUUCAUAAAUCUGAAACAGAUGUCCCACACUUUCGACCCUACUGCUAUGGCAGAACGAGACUGCUAAAUGAUCUUGUUUACCCGUCAACCUUUCUACAGCCGCACCAUCACUACCACUUGUACAGGCGACAGCGUAUGGCCACAAGAUCUACAGCCAUGGAUUCGAACAUAACCCUGUGGCAGUUCCUGCUGGAGCUGCUACUGAACAACCAGCACCAGAACAUCAUCCACUGGACGAGCCAGGAGGGCGAGUUUAAGCUGGUCAACGCCGAGGAGGUGGCCCGUCUGUGGGGGCUGAGGAAGAACAAGCAAAACAUGAACUACGACAAGCUGAGCCGAGCUCUGCGCUACUAUUACGACAAGAACAUCAUCAAGAAGUCCCUAGGACAGAAGUUCGUCUACAAGUUCGUUUCUUUUCCGGAGAUCGUCAAAACAGAGACCAAAGUCCCUUUCAAAGUCAAGAUGGAGUCACUGGCUCACGAGUACGGCCAGAGGGUGUUGCCACACUUCGCCUCCUACAACCCGCAAGAGAUCAAGGCCAGCCAGGAUGCGGCCUUGAAGUACUCACUCCACAAACAGCAGGCGAGCCAGCAGGCUCACACCGCUGAAGACAACGACGACAGAAUCAUGACGUCAGCCAAACAACGACCCCUGGACCUGGAGAAGAGGUCACCUGACCCGUACGUUUCCAGAGAACGCGAACAACGCGAGAGCGAGCGAGAGAUUCGAGAGAAUUUAGACCCGCAUAGGAUGAGCUCCAUCAUCCAGCCAGCACCAUCCCACCACCACCACCACCACCCCAUGCACGCACCGCUACACCACGCGCACCACCACCAUCCACACCACGCCCACCACCACCGCUCAGAAGACGAGGACCGGCAUCGGAUCCGAAGCAGCUGGACGCCGCUGUACCUGAGCCCGGAGCCGUCGCACCGCGACCGCGAGCCGCUGAACGCCCCGCCCCGCACGUCCAGCGGCGGCAGCCACCACAGCCACAGCAGCCACAACAUCUACAGCAACCCGGAGAUCCGCGUGUGCAGCCCCCGGGGCAGGAGCGCCAGCCCGGUCAUCAGCCACGGGAGGAGGGAGUACUCACCCCUCCGCAACAACCCCUCCCCUCCCAUGACCGCCAUGAACCUCUCUAAGACCACCGCAUCCUCCUCCACCACCCUCACCCCGCCUUCGUCAUCCUCCUGCUCGACCCGAUCCCCUUCCCCCACCCCCUCCCCCUACAUCACCUCCAGCCACCUCAGCACCUCCUCCCCCCGGCCCGUCAUCACAUCCUCCUCCUCCUGCAAGCCCAAACCCAGCCCCAUCAGCCUGGGGGUGCCGUCUUUAGGCAGCUCCCCCCUGACCCCCGUCUCUACACAAAUGCCCAUCAUCUCCCCCUCCGCCAAGCACCCAAUGUCCGCCUUCCACGGGCUCCCCACCCCCUUGUUCUUAUCCAGCCCCAUGCACCCCGUCCACUUCUGGACCUCUUUAAGCCCAGUCACCACCCUCAGCCCACGACUCAGCUCCUCCGGCUCGGCCUUCCAGUUUCCUGGAUUCUUCAACGGACCCCUGGCCUUCUCCCCGCUGGUGGGCAGCUUCACCGCAUCGUCGUCAUCGGGGGUCGACAACCUCGGGACCCCGGGGUUGGUCUCCACGCCAACCCGGACCAUCCCUGUCCUCUGACAAUGAACAGAGGGGGGUAACGUCCAACCCGCUGACACUCGCUAAACACCAACCAAAUAUAUAUAUAAAAAAAAAACAACUUGUCACUCAAGAAAUUUGUUUCAACCCUUGACCUUUACCUCAAAGGUCAUCCGUCAUUCUGGACCUGCUUUUUCGUGUAACGAGCUUGUUAUUCGAUGUGCCGUUGACUUUCUCGUGAGUACUAGUGCAUGGUAUAUACAGAACUUUAAACAUUCAACGCUGCACUCGCGCCAGUGCUAGAAAUGUGUAUUGUGUACAGACGACUGGACCCCCGGUCACGUGACCUGUUUUCUUGUGUCCAGACCACUGGAGCCUCUAACGUUCCAGAUGUUUCUCAUCCAAUGAUGUAACCAUUAACUGUUGAUGUAGAUAGAUAGAACAGCAACAGCAGAUUAUUCAAGCUAUGUGACCAUGACCUUUUCGUGUCACUGUGUAUCAAUUAUCCAGGAUGGCAUUACCGUGAGUUGAUUACUCGCGUUAGUGUGAGUAAUGUGUGUGACACGCCCACAUGCUACUGUGUUGUGUAAACCACCCCCCCCCCCCUCUCCCCAGCUCGACACGGACUCGAACCAGCACGCUCUCGUCUCGACGGUCAUGCCACGUUCUUGCACUGUCCAUCGCCUCAGCCACAUACGACACCACGUGCAUCUUUUCACUGGAUUUAUUUCUCGCACAUUACCUCCAUGUUUUUUUUUUGUUUGUUGUAUUUAUUCGAACCGUUUAGUUGCCAUGACGACAGAACAGAGUGUUCUAGAGUUCCCUUCAGUGCCAGCUGCCCUUUCUACAGGCAGCCGGCAUUUUCCUCGUUCCAUCUCAUUCAGUUCGGAUCUAGCGCGUUUUUUUUUGUUUGAUUUUAUUUUGAAGUUUAUUUUUGUGGUGGCCAGUGAAGGACGUGCCGUGACCACCAGAUGACCAGAGUCUUGCUGGCUGCUCCGUUAUGGGAGCUUGUUCAUUGCACUAACAGCGUACAUUGGUCGGAGAUUUGUCCGAUAUUGACCAACAAUCGUCUGAGAUUUGACCGACAGUUGUCCGACAUUUGAAAUUUAUCCGACAUUUGUCGGAGAUUUUCUGAGCUUUGUCCGACUUUUGUCUGAGCUUUGACCGACAUUUGCUGGGCAAUUGUCCAAGAUGUGUCCGAAUUAUCCAAGCUAAACUUACUAAUUUCCCGAGCAUUGGCUAAAAAAAGGAUAAUGAGUUUUCUCCAAUAUUUAUAUCAAUUGUCAAAUAUAAUUAGAUUCGAUUUUAUGUGCUUUGAGUUAUCUGAAACAAAAGACGUAAUAACGGACUUGAUAGAUUUGAGGCUAAGUUACUUUGGACAGUUAAUGACCAGACAGCUUGUCAAGGCCUUUCAUGAGCCUAUUAUAGUAGCCGUCGGACGGACGUGACAGCCGUAGUUACAGCUGUAAGCUGGUUGUCAAAGCGAGAUAGCACCAGCUACAACACAAAUCGAGGCCAAAGAAACCUUUAUAUCAUGUAUCAAGGAUAGUCGUGUCUUUACGGUCUACUUGGAAUAGCUCCUAUUAUAUCAUGUAUCAAGGAUAGUCGUUCUUUAUGGUCUACUUGGAAUAGCUCCUAUUAUUCAUGUAUCAAGGACAGUCGAGUCUUUACGGUCUACUUGGAAUAGUUCCUAUCAUGUAUCAAGGACAGUCGAGUCUUUAAAGUCUACUUGGAAUAGCUCCUAUUGUAUCAUGUAUCAAGGAUAGUCGUGUCUUUACGGUCUACUUGGAAUAGCUCAUCUUGUAUCAUGUAUCAAGAACAUGUAUCAAUUCUACUUGGAAUCGUUCCUAUCGUUAUAGGUGUUCCAAACAUUUUUCUAUUGGAGGGGUGCUAAUAAUAUUUUACAACUGUGUGUUUCUUUCAACACU